UUUUUUUUUUCUUUCAUUUAGAAACCACACAGAUAGAAGAUCCACGUAAGCUAUGGAGGAAGGAACAGGAGCGGAUGCUGAAGGACUAUCUUAUGGUGGCACAAGAUGCCUUAAGCACUCAGAAAGAGCUUUAUCAUGUGAAGGAACAAAGGUUGGCACUUGCCCUGGAUGAAUAUGUGAGGCUAAAUGAUGCCUACAAAGAAAAGUCUAGCUCGCGUACAAGCUUAUUUUCAGGUUCGUCUUCAAGUACCAAGUAUGACCCUGAUAUCCUUAAGGCAGAGAUUUCCACAACAAAAGUCAGGGUUAAAAAGUUGAAGAGGGAGCUAUCACAAAUGAAACAGGAACUACUGUACAAAGAGCAGGGGUUCCAGACAUUGCAGCGCAUUGACCAAAAAAUGUCCGGAGGCCAGAGCGGCUAUGAGCUGAGGGAAGCCAAGGAUAUCCUCUCUGAGCUGAAGAGCAUAAGGAAGGCCAUUAGCACUGGAGAGAAGGAGAAGCAGGACCUGAUGCAGAGUCUUGCGAAGCUCAAGGAAAGGUUUCAUCUAGAGCAAGGCAGAGGAAGAUCAGAGCCAGACUUGACGUCC